AUGGCCAACGAGACGGACGAGAACAAACCAACAAGCACCGCAGCGAUGACAGAAGACGAUCUUCUCCUUCAAGACCAACAGCUGAAGCAAAUCGAAGAUGAGCAAAAAGCGUCUCCUCUCGUCGGUGAUAAACUCCCUUUCUACGCCCUGGCCGGUUUAUACGAUCCCGUCUCAGCCAUCACGUUCUUCACCAAAGCCAACGAGCUCGCUGCCAUCUACUCGGACAUUCGCUUCAUUCGAGGCGACGGAAACUGUUUUUACCGUGCAGUUCUUGUCGGAAUCGUCGAGAUUCUGAUGAAAGACCGUGAGAGACUGAUCAAAUUCAUCGACACCGGCAGAGAAUGGAUGGCGAAGCUUGUUAAGCUUGGAUUCCCCGAUUGGACGUGCAGUGACUUCUGCGAGUUUUUCAUCGAAUUCCUCGAGAAGAUUCGUGAUGGAAAGUACACCGAAGCAGAAGUAUUUCAGAAUCUCAAUGAUGAUGGAACGGCGAAUUACUUGCUGAUGUACUUCCGUCUAAUCACCUCUGGAUUCUUGAAAGACAACUGUGAGGAGUACGCACCAUUCAUCGCCGAAGGAAUGACGCUGCAACAGUAUUGCGAGACGGAAAUCGAGGCGAUGUGGAAGGAAGCUGACCAUUUGUCGAUUAUGGCGCUCGUUCGUGCCACCGGAAUCCGUCUUCGUAUCCAAUAUAUGGAUCGAUCGGAGGCACCGAAUGGCGGAUAUCAGCACGAUCUCCCGGAUGAAGCCGACAACGUGACGCCCGACAUCACUCUUCUCUACCGUCCAGGCCAUUAUGAUCUCAUUUACAGGAACCUUGUUGCACAAUGA